AUCGGUGUGUAUAUUUGCUCAUCUACUCCCUCCUUGGGUCCUCGAGCUGCUGUUUUAGACUUUUUAUAGGACGCAGGCAUGUACAGGAGAAACUGUCAGUGCUAGGCUGAAUGCUGUUGUUACCAAGAUUUCUAGAAAAGUAUUCCUGCAGUCAGGUUGAUUACGGCUAGCGCGAAUCUAUUUUUCCUAGGCUAGUUUCUCUUUGCUGCCGGGCUUAUAACUGUCUGUCAUCCAGCUAUUGCUCUCCACCUUCCUGUUUGCAUAACAAGCAAGGCAACUUCUGCAAAUCACUGCAUGGAGACGAUGAUCCUACCAACUCCCUUUUGGAAACCGUGAAGAUCAGACCUUGGACCAUGUAUAAUAUGAUGCUUCUAAUCCAAAAGAGGAAGGACAUUGGGAAUCAGCUCCUAAGGGCUGGAGAGGCAGAGGGAGACAGAGGAGCUGGUACUGCAGAGCUGUCGUCUGAUUGGCUGGAUGGUCGUAGCUGGGCUAUAAAAGAGACCCCUACAGGCUUGGUAGAAAGACGCUCAGAGAAUUCUGACAGUAUCUUUGCCGGAGAAGAGGCAAAGUACUCUCAAAGCCGAAACCACAGCUCCUCCUGCCGCAUUUUUCUGCUUGCGAAUCCCAAGCUGUUAAAUAAGAUGUGCAAAGGGCUUGCAGGUCUGCCGGCUUCUUGCUUGAGGAGUGCAAAAGAUAUGAAACAUCGGCUAGGUUUCCUGCUGCAGAAAUCUGAUUCCUGUGAACAUAAUUCUUCUCACUGCAAGAAGGACAAAGUGGUUAUUUGCCAGAGGGUGAGCCAAGAGGAAGUUAAGAAAUGGGCUGAAUCACUGGAAAACCUGAUUAGUCAUGAAUGUGGGCUGGCAGCUUUCAAAGCUUUCUUGAAGUCUGAAUAUAGUGAGGAGAAUAUUGACUUCUGGAUCAGCUGUGAAGAGUACAAGAAAAUCAAAUCACCGUCUAAACUAAGCCCCAAGGCCAAAAAGAUCUAUAAUGAAUUCAUCUCAGUCCAGGCAACCAAAGAGGUGAACCUGGAUUCUUGCACUAGGGAAGAGACAAGCCGGAACAUGUUGGAGCCUACAAUAACCUGCUUCGAUGAGGCUCAGAAGAAAAUUUUCAACUUGAUGGAGAAGGAUUCCUACCGCCGCUUCCUCAAGUCACGAUUCUAUCUUGAUUUGGUCAACCCUUCCAGCUGUGGGGCAGAGAAGCAGAAAGGAGCCAAGAGUUCUGCAGACUGUGCUUCCCUGGUCCCCCAGUGUGCCUAAUUCUCACCUGGAGGCAGAGGGAUGACAUGCCAAGACUCAAUGCUCUGGAAAACCUGAGGCCAAAUAUUGAUCUGUAUUAAGCUCCAGUGCUUUAUCCACAUUGUAGCCUAAUAUUCAUGCUGCCUGCCAUGUGUGAGUCACUUCCACGCAUAAACUAGAUAUAGCUUUUGGUGAUUGAGUGUUCAUCAGGGUGGGACCCCAUCCCAGUCCAAUUUCCCUAAGUUUCUUUGAGAGUUCUUUGGGAGCAAAUAUCUAAAUCACGGCCUGGUAGGUCUGGAUUUUCAAAGAUAGUUGGCGGUUUCCUCCUCCCAACAGUUUUACCUUGGGUUAGUUGGCUAGUGCAUGUCACAUGACAGCCACAUGCACAUGUAUUCUGUUGGCCAGCACAUUCUGCAGGCUAGAUGUUUAGAUGAGGUUGAUCUAUGUGCUUGUGUGUAUGUCUGUAUAUAUAGAUAUGUGAUAUAUGUACACAUAUACAUAUAUACAUUAUUUCUGUAUAUAGAUGUCUGUGUCUACAUAUAUAUGUAUGAGUGUAUGUAUAUAUACACACACGAACUUCUGCAAGAAUGAUGAGAAAGAUCCUAGGUGCUCAUAACUAGAGUAUGUGUAUGUACUUACAUGCAUGUUUUGAUCUCUGUUCUUUCAUACUACCUUUGAACAGGGCAAAAUGAACUAACUGCCAUGUAGUCUAAGAAAGAAAUGCUAACCUGUGGAAAGUUGCUUUUGUAAAAUUCCAUGGAUCUUGCUGGAGAAGCAUCCAAGGAACUUCAUGCUUGAUUAAACCACUGACAGCCUCCACUUCAAGCACUAUUCUAAAGAGCAAAUACCUUAGCUCCUUUGAGCUGGUUUUCACUGAUGGCACUUUUGAGCUCCUGAGCUGCCAGGGCAUGCUUAUUAGCAGCUGGGUUGAUACGGAGUGGGGAGACAGGAUGUUGAGCUGAAUGAAGAAAUGCAGUUAAGGCCUUGCCAGCAACACCUACCAUAAGUUACUGGCUGAAAGAGCGCACAGAAGUUAAAGGUUACUGUUUUUAUCCUCUACCCUUUUUUCCUCUCCUGAUCAAGGUGCUCUUCUCAUUUUUUCCUGAGAACCUUAGCCAUCAGAUGAGGCUUCUUAGUUUCUUGUGGUUGGUUAUUGUUUCUUUAUAAUGGCUCUGGACUAGAUGCCUAUAUUUAUAAACCAGCAGCAGAGGAAAGAUUAUAUUUUAUAAGAGGGAAACAAGUUUUCACAAUUUGAAAAGCCCACGUAAGUUUUCUCUUUGAAGGUAGAAUCUUGUUAAUUUCACUCCAAACAUCAGGGCUAACAGAGACUGAAGCAUUUCUUUUUAGGCUCUGAGACUAAGUGAGAGGAAAAGGAAAGAAAAAAAAAAUGACUGUCUAACCAAUUGUUAGAACUACUGUUUGCAACUUUUCAAGGCACAUUGAAAUACUUGAAAACUUCUCAUUUCUGUUAUUUAUGACGUUAUUUUGUACAAGCUUUUAUUAUUAUGUUGUUUUAUAAAUGGAGGUGCAGGAUAUCACCUGAAUUAUUAAUGAACGCCCAGGAAGUAAUUUUCUUCUCAUUCUUCUAAAAAUAUUGCCUUUGAAAGUGCACACACAUGCACCCGCAUACACUCCAUUCAUUGCUCCAGUAUAAAUUACAUGCAUGAGUACCUUGUGGCUGUUAAGCCAAUGUCAUGGGCUGCAAAAUGAAGACACAGAGUGUGUGCAUACAAAUCUCACGGUAUUAAAGUUGUAGAUUUUCUAAUUGUACCCUUUUUGUCUCUAUGACAAUCUUGCCCUUAAUAUCCCUGCAGUUCCUCAUCCGUGUCAUUUUCUGUUAUAUACAGUUCCACAAUUUUGUCUCUAGUUGACUUCAAAUGUGUAACUUUAUUGGUCUUACCCUAUUAUAAUUGUCAUGACUUUCAGAUUGUAUCUGAACUCACAGACGGCUGUCUUACCAAUAGGUCUGGAAGGUCAUUCUGAAUGAGAAGUAAAUUAUUUUAUGUAAUACAUUUCUGAGUGUGUUUUUCAGUUGUAUUUCCCUGUUGUUUCAGCACCAUUUCCUGUGGUGAGCUUGCCUGCUCAUGCUCUCUGGACAGAUUACUACUUCCUUUUGCAUGCCUGUUUCUAUAAUGUGCUUUAUAGGCCUCAAAGCUGAUGCUUCCAGUGGAAACACAUGCAUCUUAAUAAUAAGGGUAAAUAAAUGCUCCAUACGAAAC